AUUGACCCCGGCUAGUAAUAAAACCUAGAUUCCUUGGCACUGUCGUAUAGUUUCUUAUGCCACGUGCUCACGUCUAGUUGGGCACGUUCUUGUACUCGAUUGCUACAUACCGUCAGAUUUUCUUUGGCUGCGAGCCAACUAGCUACUGUGGGUUACUUUAGUGAACUUAUAUAUAUAUAGUUCAACAAAACUUAACUAUUUUCAGAAUUACAAUGAAGACGAUGCCUUCAGAAAAAUCACCAAUGAAAACUAUUGAUAAUCGUAGAAGCACCAAACCAAUUAUGGAAAGGAAGAGACGUGAGCGUAUCAAUAACAGCCUUGGAGAACUGAAAAAUUUAGUUCUAGACUCUCUAAAAAAAGAUAACUCUCGUCACUCGAAGUUGGAAAAGGCAGAUAUUUUGGAGAUGACUGUUAAACAUCUACAAAACAUGCAACUGAAACAACUGGAAAUACGUGCUACUUCAUCCUUGGCAAACUUCCGAGCUGGCUUUAACGAGUGUGCACGUGAGGUCAGUCGUUUCCUGGGUACAGUGGACGGAGUUGACCCCUCUUUGCAACAUCAUCUCUUGAACCACCUAACUGACCGUGUAUCUGGCUUGAAUGAGACUUGCUCCUCUAGUAACAGUUACAAUCUAUCAUCUACAAACUCCACCACUUCUGCAACUAUGAGCAGUAACAACAACAGUAACUUCGUAAUGAGUGAUAUACGGCUUGUCCCAACUUGUCUUCCUACCGGAGAAAUUGCAUUCCUUCUCCCGGGAGACAGCUUGAACUACCAGUCACACCAGACCCUACUGCACAAAUACUCUCCAACCGCUAUCUCUGUCACGUCCAGUCCAGUGACUGUUUUGGGGUCAUCAGGUAUUUUAAGCCCUGCUGCAAGUGAUCGGUCAGAGUCUAGUCCUAGUCCAGUAACCUAUUCUUCCGACAAGACCAAAACGAUGACACUGUUUGAACCCGUUCCUUCCUUCCACUUAGAUAAACCGAAGUCUGAGAGUGUGUGGAGGCCAUGGUAAUAUGGAUUCCCGUCCAAGAAAUGAAAUAAUAAGUGGAUUAAUACGUCAUGUUAGUCAGUGCUAUGUAAAUGAUACAAUAAGGUGAUAUUCAGACUAAAUUCUUGCCUUUCUCUUCAGAUACGACAAAUGACUGUGAUAAAUGUCUUUUUUGUUAAAAAGUGUACAUCGAAAACCCGGUGCUACGUUAUUUAUUUUUCCAUUAAGUUUGUAUAUUUUGUACAGCAUCAGUCAUUUCUCAUAAACUUGGAACAAUUAGUACCUGAAA